AUGGGUCGAAGUAAGGCGGGGAGUCAACUCAGCAACGGCAGCUAUGCUAGUAGACGAGGUCGUUCACCUCCUAGAUCGGAAUGCUACAAGUACACCAACGCGGAGCCAGAAUCUUACGACAGCUACAUUGAGCACGACAACACUCUAGUGCGAUACCAGGAAAGACGAGCAGCUGCACCUUACGAUCCCUACGAGCUCGUCGGAGCGUACAGUGGCCUGUCCCUGACAUCUCGCUCAAGCACAGGGAGCAGGCGACGGUCCCAGGUACAGGCGAUCUACAGUGACUACACACGGUCGCCACCCGCAUAUGAUUCCCGCUACAUCCAAACUACACCCCGACGGUCCUCGACAACAUCUUCCCACUCUUCGUACGAUCGCGGCGAUGGCAGUAGAAGUACUUCUGGCAGAAGCUCAGCCGCAGCAUCAUCGGGCUACGGCUACUCUGAUGCCUCGACCAACCGCUACCUAGCCAGCGACCGUGGCUCAGAACUUCGACCGUCGGAUUCGGCAUCGAAUAUCUCGUCUUACCGUGGUUCUAACCGGUCUUCUCGAACGAGCGCCAGUGUGAGGAAUGAUCUGGAGAGGGUGGAUGAGUAUAUUGCUCAGGAGCUGGGCUACGGCGACCAUGAUGGUGCGGCGUAUGACCGGAAAAUGAAUAGUUAUGUCAAUGUCGUUAGACCUUUUUGA